AUGACGACAGAAGAAGCGGCGGCGACACAGCAGCAGCUGCAGCAUCGGGUGUAUCAGGAGCAGUACCUCCUGAGGUACUGGAGCGAGGCGCUCAACCUUAACCCACGCGCGCGGAUGGUGAUGGCGAUGAGCCGCCCGCUGCACCCCUCCUCCCUUUGUCCGCGCCCGUUGCUGCCCCCCAUCCCGACGCCUGCGAAGCUGUAUCGCGGCGUGCGGCAGCGACACUGGGGGAAGUGGGUGGCGGAGAUCCGCCUCCCCCGGAACCGCAGCCGCCUCUGGCUCGGAACCUUCAACACCGCCGAGGAAGCCGCCCUCGCUUACGACCGCGAGGCGUUCAAGCUGAGAGGGGAGAACGCGAAGCUCAACUUUCCUCAUCUCUUCCUCGGCACCGGUGGCGGUAGUGGUGACAGAGGCGGGGCUUCUUGUUCUUCCUCCUCAUCCUCUCCUCCUGCCACGCCUGAGGAAGCUCGACCACAAACCAUCCACCACCAAUCGCAACCCCGGCCACCUCCACCUGUGGCUUUUGAGACUACAGGCGUUACUGCCACCGUCAUCGGCAGUUCCAGCAGCGGCGACGGCUCCGCGUCAGGGCUUGAUGAAUCCGGUGGAUCGGAGCCUACAGCCCCCGAGACAACAACACCCGAAAUGGUGUGGGGAAACACCGCUGCAGCAGCGGAAGAAUGGUUCAGCACCUGGGGGCCAGGGAGCUCCAUAUGGGACGACAUCGACGGAGCCAAUAGCUUGCUCCUCCACUCCCGGUUCACGAGCUUCGCCGACAUGGAUCCCUCCAAUGCCGCACCACCACCAUCAUCAGCCGCAACGACGACAGCAUCUCCGGAUGCUGACGCGUCUUCUACUGCUGGUCCUGGCUCUUCUUCUUCCGUGUUUCUGUGGAAGGAGUGA